AUGGGCCAAAACUAUAUUAUUCUUACCAUUUUUGUAUUCUUAUGUCUCAACCAAGCACAAUCCCAUUAUUUUUCAAAGAAAUUAUCACCAAAAUAUCUUGGUUUGAAGCAAGAGAAACUAACUCACCUCCAUUUCUACUUUCAUGACGUGAUUAGUGGUAAACCCCCUAGCGUCGUCAAGGUAGCCGAGGCCGCGACAUCCAACACCUCUAAUACCGGAUUUGGAACCACGGUCAUGACCGACGAUCCAUUAACAGUUGGUCCCGAACUAACCUCCAAGAUUGUGGGAAGAGCACAAGGGAUAGUUGCAUCUGCCGACUUAAAUGAACCCGGGUAUUUGUUUGUAUUAAAUUAUGUUUUUGUGGACGAAAAGUACAAUGGUAGCAGUUUGAGUAUAUUAGGGAGGAACGCCGUGAAAGAGCCGGUGAGAGAGAUGCCUAUCGUGGGAGGAACGGGUGUGUUUCGAUUUGCUCGUGGUUAUGCGCUCACAAAGACUCAUUUCUUCAAUGCUAGCAAUGGUGAUGCAACUGUUGAAUAUGAUGUUUACGUUCUACAUUAUUGA